GAAUGUGGCUAUGUGAAUGUAGCACAGGGCAGAUCUCCACAACAAUCGUCCAAUUACUAUCAGUUUGACGCCAGCUACUACAAGAUAGAAUCUUACUAUAAUGCCUUCAGGGCAAAUGAUCUUAACAGUGCAACAUGUUCCCAGACCAAUGCUGACGAUGGACCAUACUGGAGAGUUCAUUUAGAUGGAAGUCAACAGAUUAACAAUAUCGAAAUUACUACACAGUCAAAGGAUCCACUAUUUGAUGUCCAAGAGGGAACAUGCUCAGGUACUACAAUUUCGGACAUCACCUCGUACGGCUUCUUCAACUUCCCAGCAUGUUUAGAAGUGUGUCGUGGUAGAAUUGACUGCAAAGGUUUUCAGGCCGUAAUGGAACCAAGUGGUAUAAAUGGGUGUUACGCUUUCAGUUCCAUGGUAUGCGGCACAACUGCUGUACCAGACUCAAGAGGCAACCGAUACACAUACUUUAAACAAGCAUCCAGUUCAUCCAUAGAAUAUAAAAUAUACGUUGGUAGCGACCAAGAUUAUACAAAGUCCACUCUAUGUAGAACGCAGACAAUACAAAUCAAAGAAAACAUGGUUAUACAAUGUGAAAAUCACCUAGAGGGCAACUGGAUCAUUAUCAAAAGAGCAAGUGGUUCUAUGACUAUAUUGUCGCUGUGUGAAGUAAAAGUAAAUGUAUGCGAGAAAGGAUACUUUGGAUCCACCUGUAGCUCCCGGUGUCAUUGUAAGGACAGUUCGGAACAUUGUGACAAGUGGACGGGCGUUUGCACAUCUGGCUGUGCUGAUGGGUGGAAGGGAACGGGAUGUGACCAAGAGUGUGAUGCUGGUACAUUCGGAAGUGGCUGUGACAAGACAUGCCAUUGCAAAGACAACGCUGAAUGUGAUAAAGCAACUGGAGAAUGCUCCAAUGGCUGUGGUGCAGGAUGGACAGAUGAUGCAGAUAAUGGACCAUGUCAGCGAGCAUGCUCCAGUGGAUACUGGGGUGACAACUGUGAGCAAAGAUGUGACGAUGGCUGCUCUGGGGGAACAUGUGACAGAUUUGAUGGUUCUUGCGGGUGUGCAGAUUACUACUUAGGCGCUAAGUGUGAAAUAUACCUCCCAGUGAUGACAAGGCCACCUGUGCUUGUGGAAGAAAGUGUAACAGCUGACUCAGUCAGUGUGACAUUCAACCAAUGGACAACAGGAGUAGAUACCGGUGAUGCAAACGAAGUUACUAUAAAACAUUACAUCGUACAAUAUUGUAAUGAACCCCGUGUGGGAGACAUAUGCACCGAUGGACCAAAGGUAAUUUACUUUACUCUUAUCAUAAUCAUGACAUACCUAAAUGUCAUCACAG